AAUUGAGAUGAAUCUCCGUGAUUUAUUACUGGUUUUUAUUAUGGUUUAUUUUGUUUGUACUUUUACCAAAUCUAGCAAUGAAAUUAGUAUGAUUACGGAUUUGAUCAUAUCUUCUGAUAAAUUAACUUCAGUGGUAGCUCAUGCCUGUUGGAAACCAUCUAAACAAAUUCAAUUAGCGUCUCGAUUGGGCAACAAGACCAGACCAAUGACAGUACGCUUCGUGAAUAAGAACUGGGCAGGUAUAGUGGAACCUAACCACAGGGAACGCCUGCUGAUAGUAGCUGAUCUGAACUGCCCUACUACAAAAGUUUUCUUCAAGUUGGCAAAUGCUACAAAAAAGUUCAGCUUUCCAUACCGCUGGAUUGUGAUUGGAAAAGCUGUAAAUGAGAGCAUGGCUGUCACUUCUGAUUUUCACGACAUACCUCUGCUACCGGACUCUGAUGUUAUUAUUGCACAAAGGAAUGACAACAACUCUUAUAUACUAACUACGAUUUACAAGAUACAAAUUAAAGGUAAAUGGAUAGUUGAACAGUUUGGUAUAUGGACAUCUGAUAAUGGGCUUAAGAAAUUUGAAACUGUUAAAGACCCUAUAUCAACAAGAAGAAAGAACUUUCAAAGGGCACCUAUUAAGAUGGCUAUGGUGAUUCUGGAUAAUAGAACAAUAUCUAACCCUUACGAUCUAAGUGAUAUCCUAACUGAUACAGUAUCCAAGAGUAGCUUUCGUCAAACAGACCCUAUAUUUGGAUACCUGAAUGCUUCUAGAACAUUGAUCUACAGCCCUACUUGGGGCUACUACAGAAACGGGAGCUAUGGUGGAAUGAUUGCCGAUAUGACCAUUGGCGAUGCUGAACUAGCAGGAACGGUGCUAAUAGCUACUCAAGACCGCAUGGAAGUGGUAGAAUACCUAUCCUGUCCUACCCCUAUAUCGAUAAAGUUUGUAUUCCGCCAGCCUCCCUUGUCCUACCAGAACAAUCUGUUCCUAUUGCCUUUCAAAAGUACUGUGUGGUACUGCAUUGGUGCUUUUGUCUUGGUAUUGGCUUUUAUCCUUUACAUCAACGCUUUGUGGGAGAACAAGAAGUUGGAAUCAAGUGAACAGAAUUUCGAAGACCCAACAGUUUUGAGACCCAAUGUUGGUGAUAUAGCAAUAUUAGUGAUCAGCGCUAUAUCUCAGCAAGGAAGCUCUACAGAACUAAAAGGAACUCUUGGCCGCAUUGUUAUGUUCAUUUUGUUCCUUGCUUUUCUGCUGCUUUACUCUUCUUACUCUGCCAGUAUAGUAGCGCUGCUGCAGUCCAGCUCCAACCAAAUAAGGACGCUCUCCGAUUUGCUGAACUCUAAGCUAGAGCUGGGUGUUGAAGACACGCCGUAUAACCGGUAUUUUUUUCCAAUUGCUACUGAACCAGUAAGGAAAGCGAUAUACCAAACUAAGAUAGCUCCCAAGGGUACAAAACCAAAAUUUAUGAGCCUUGAGGAUGGAGUCAAGAAAUUGCAAAAGGAACCAUUCGCUUUCAACAUGAACAAAGGGAUAGGCUACAGACUCGUGGAAAGAUAUUUUCAUGAACAUGAGAAAUGUGGUCUCCAAGAAAUACCUUAUUUGUACGCAACGAAAACAUACAUCACUUGUCGAAAGAACUCUCCUUAUAAAGAAAUCUUUAAAAUAGGAUUGUUCAGGAUCCAAGAGCAUGGCCUGAGCGAUCGCGAAAACCGUCUGAUCUACGCUCGGAAGCCACCCUGCCAAGCGCGCGGAGGCAGCUUUGGUUCUGUCAACAUGGUGGAUUUCCACCCCGUUCUGUUGAUGUACCUUUAUGGCAUUUUAUUGGCGUUUUUCUUCUUCUUUGUAGAGAUACUGGCACAUAAGAAAUUGCAUCCACGUCAGAGUCAGCGACGCUAGUCCUUUGAUAUUUUGCAGUUUCUUCUUCUUGAGCAAAUAAAUAUAAUAAUCUUAGUAGAAUGUCAGUUAUGUGAGGCUUAUAUCAGUGUUCAUAAAGAUACCGCCAUAGGAAAUUGUAUUUAGCACACGUAUAAUAUGGCCACUUAAUUUUAAAAUAAAUUGAAGAAAAUUUA